GAACUCUCAUCAGCCUGGGUUGACAGUAAUGCACACGUUUUGGAUGCGCGAGCACAACCGCAUAGCCAUGAAGUUAGCUGCGUUGAACCCACAGUGGACGGACGAAAUUAUCUAUCAGGAAACACGUCGUAUUGUUGUCGCUGAGCUACAGCAUAUAAUCUUUUCCGAGUUCCUUCCGAAGUUGAUUGGACUUGACCUCCUGAAUGCUCAAGGACUCGUGCCGUUGAAGAGCGGCUACUAUACCGGAUAUGAUGAAACCUGCGAUGCAUCCAUCUCGCAUCCAUUCGCAACUGCUGCAUUCCGUUUCGGUCAUACUCUAAUUCGGCGAAUGUUUCCAAGAAUGAACUAUAAUUACAAAAACAUGAGCGAACCGAUUGACCUCGCCGGACAUUUUGGCCAUGUUGGUCCUUUGUACGAUCGCGAAGGAGGAGGAUUGGAUUCAAUGCUGAUGGGACUGCUGGGCACUCCUUCAAUGGCUUUCGAUCGUCAUAUUACCAACGCUGUGAGGAACCACUUGUUCAUGAGGCGUGGAGAGCCUACUAGUGGCAUGGAUCUUAUUGAAUUCUGCGGCUUGAGAAGAGCCAGGACCUUUAGCGACCUCAAGCACGAGAUGGAUGCUGAGUCGGUAGCAGCAUUAUCGUCGUUAUACGAAUCAGUUGAUGAUAUUGACUUGUUCCCCGGACUCGUCAGUGAAAGACCUCUCAAAGGAGCUUUGUUGGGACCAACUAUGUCCUGUAUUCUUGCCGAGCAAUUUGGACGGUUGAAGAAGUGCGAUCGCUUCUUCUAUGAAAACGACGGCGUGGCCAAAUUCAGCCCAGGGCAACUCAGCGAGAUCCGCAAAAUUCGUCUUUCAUCGAUCCUUUGUGCCAACAGUCGAUAUUUGAGGACCAUUCAACCAAACGUGUUCGACGUGCCAGAUGAUCUUAUGUAUGACUUUUAUGCACUCUUUUACACUAAAACUUUCGCCUUCGUUUCCUCACUAAUCCUCCGUUCUCCUGAACAAGAGCCAUCGGCUGAACUACACAAGGAACGCAAACUCGUUUUGUACUUGCGGAUGAGUCGACUGCAGUAG